AUGGACCCUUCACAAGUCAAGAUCCCGCCCUUGAUGGACCUGACCAUCGAAAACAUCACCGACAAUGUCAACCUGAUCAACUCGGCCAACCCGGAUCCGCGCUUCAAGUACAUCCUCGAACGGCUUGUGGUGCACCUGCAUGACUUUGCGAGGGAGACGAGGUUGAGCACGCAGGAGUGGAUGGCGGGGAUCCAGUUCCUCACAAAGACGGGUCACAUUUGUACCGAUGUGCGGCAGGAAUUUAUCCUCCUCUCCGACAUCCUCGGCCUCUCCCUCCUCGUCGACAGCAUCGACCACCCCAAACCAAAGGGGUCCACAGAGGGCACCGUCCUCGGACCCUUCCACACCCACGAGGCCGAGACCAUGGAGCACGGCAGCGUCAUGUCGCACGACGCCAACGGCGAGCCGCUGCUCGUGCUGUGCACCGUCAAAGACGUGUCGGGGAACCCCAUCGAGGGCGUCACGAUCGACAUCUGGGAGACGGAUUCGUCGGGCAAAUACGACGUCCAACAUCCCGACAGGGACGGCCCGGAUGGGCGCUGUAUCAUGAAGAGUGACGCCCAGGGCGUGUUUUGGUUCAACGCGAUCGUGCCGGUGCCGUAUCCGAUCCCGCACGAUGGACCUGUGGGCCAGCUAUUGCAGAAGCUGGGUCGGCAUCCCAUGAGGCCGGCGCAUAUGCAUUUCAUGUUUGAGAAGGAAGGGUUUGACCAUUUGAUAACGGCACUGUACCUGAAAAACGACCCGUACGAGACCUCGGACGCGGUCUUUGGCGUGAAGAACUCGCUCAUCGUCGACCUGUCCAAGUGCGACGCCGAGAUCGCGCAGAAGUACGGCGUCAAGCAAGGCACGGCGCUCCUGACGUACGACUUUGUGCUGGUCUCGGACAAGGAGAGCGCGGAUCUGAGGGCGGCGAACUCCAAGCGCGCGCUCGAGAAGCUGGGCCGCCGGGUCAAGAUUGUGCAGGGACUGCCCGUUCCGGAUGUUGAUUAA